GCCGACGCGGAAGUGGCAGCGGCGGCAGCGACAGGAGCGCGCGCGCCUGCCGCAGGACAUGGGGCCGCCUGGGCUCUUCGGGCGGCUGAAGGCGGCUGUCGUCGGGGUGGUGCACGUGGGAGCGCUGCCAGGGACACCAAGAAAUUCUCUUCCAUUGACUCAGAUUGUUGAUCAAGCUUGUCAAGAGGCGGAAGCUUACAAGGAUGCUGGAGUUGAUGGCUUGAUAGUAGAAAACAUGCAUGAUCUUCCUUACACCGUGUGUCCUGGGCCUGAAGUAACUGCAGCAAUGACAGUCAUUAGUGCUGCAGUGAAACAAACAUGCCCCCAUCUCAUGCUGGGUGUCCAGAUCCUGUGUGCUGCAAAUCAACAGGCGAUAGCAGUUGCUCUUGCUGCAGGUCUUAAUUUUAUCCGGGCUGAAGGGUUUGUGUUUUCUCAUGUUGCUGAUGAAGGGAUUAUCAAUGCCUGUGCAGGUAACCUGCUACGAUACAGAAAACAAGUUGGAGCAGAAAACAUUCAGAUUUUUGCUGAUAUAAAAAAGAAACAUAGUGCUCAUGCUCUGACGGCAGAUGUCAGCGUGGCCCAGACAGCGUCGGCUGCACAGCUCUUCCUGGCUGACGGGGUGGUUCUGACCGGCACUGCUACCGGGCUGCCUGCCGAUCCCCGCUGAAAGAGAGAAGUUAAACAUGCUGUGAAGAUUCCUGUUCUGAUUGGGUCUGGAGUGACUCUGGAGAACAUGAGGAAUUAUUUGGAUGCAAACGCUCUAAUAAUUGGUUCGCAUUUCAAGAAAGAAGGUUAUUGGGCAAAUGCUGUUGAUCCUGACAGAGUGAAGAAAUUUAUGGAACACAUAAGUAAACUGAGAGAAUGAGUUUGUCACUAAACAGUGUGUGUAUAAAUACUGUAUGAUUCCCCUUAUAGAAUUAAAGCACAAAUAAAUGCUUGAAUGGCUAAUAAGAGUAAAAGAGAAUGUAUAGCAUCUCCAUAACUAAUUGGGAGACAUGGUAAGACUUUACAAGAAACUGGUGCUCUGAUGGUUGUUUUCAGGCAGCACAUUUCUGCGGCACUCAAAGCCAUUGUCAAUGCAAAACCAGCUCCUCAAAGGUUUGUGUAAUAUGUUCUCUCCUAUAAGUAAA